AUGCCGCCAUGCCGGAUGUGCUUGCAGCAUGGGGUGGACGGCGUGGCGGUCCCUGGCUCGGACUUCUGCGCCGCGCACAGCGCCGCCAGGCCGGAGACGAGCGUCGGCUUCGACAGGGUUGGCCACACCGGCGACGCCGACGGGACGGGCCUCACCCAGGCCGCCGGCGAGCUGCAUUUGGUUGGCGCCCCCGCGCCGCCUGGCCUUGCUCCGCCAGCAGCCGAUGGAGCGCCGGGCGUGGCGCCAGCGGCCGCAGGCGCCCCGGCGGUUGCAGGUCCACCGCAGCAGCCCCUGCCCGCAGCUGCCCUUGCAGAUCGGCACCUCACGCUCUCGGGCCAGCUGUUUCAGAACUGGCUCGAGCAGGAGGUCUUUGCACACUUCGACUUGGUGCAGGCUGCUUCGACCAGUGCGCCAGACACGGCUGGUGUUACCGUGGAGUACCCCACGUGUUGGUCAGCGUUGCACGGCGUCUUGACCAAGUUGGGCUAUGCGUCGGACUCCUCUGACCCCUGGAAGGCGCUCGGCUUCGCGCUGUAUGAGGGCCCAGCGCCCUCGGCGCAAUCGCUCGCGGCUCGGGAGCGGACGGCGGUACAGCUUUGUGCACUCGGACAGAAGGAUGGCUGGACGCCGCAGGACAAGGACAGGGCAGCGAUGGCUGCACGGCACUUCCAGGCGGCUGCAGCCGCUUGCGCCGCGGAGCUGCCGGAGGUGAUCAAGCAACGACGCCGCUUACGGGUUGGCACGCUCCCGCUCUGGAAGGAGCUGGGGCACGAUGCGCUCGAUUUACUCCGGCCUGCCAGCGGAGGCCCAGACGUAUGGUUCUUGACGCAGUGGUCUUCUAUUCUUACGCGGGCUCAGCCGAGCCCCUGGGACAUGGAGGCCACGCGCAAGUUGGCCACGCUCCUGGAGAAAGGCGAUGAGCAAGUCUGGGAGCUCCUGGGGAACCAGCACAUUGUGGCCUGGUUUCCGGAGGAUGGGAAUGCCGCAACUCGUUGCCGAGCAGCGCUCCUCCGCCGCGUGCCCACGGGAGCUCAACCAGCCUCGCUGCGAUUCGUGGUGCCGCUUCCGCUCUUCCCAGGCGCUCACGACGUCCCGGCCAUCCUGGACAAUUGGUGGUGCCCUUUGUUAGGCGAAAGAUGGGCACCUCUAGUGCGCAAGGUGGAGUUCACCGACGUGCCACUGGAAAUGGUUCUUCUUGGUCCGACGUCCCCGAGGCACGCCAAGAUGGGCCUCGCGCUAUUCACCAUCGCUUUCGCGGGCCCCCGGGUCCCCCCAGCGAUGCUCAGUUGCAGGCCGCCGUUGCUCCAGAUCGAGGGCGUUGUUCCCAUGACCUUCGACAUGCGCACUGAGGACGUCGUGAGCUUCGCGACGCUAAUGCGCCACCCGCUGAUGCAAGGAGCUAUCUGGCGCAACCCUCGGCGCAGCCUUGCGCACACGCUGGAAGUCCCCCGGGCCUGCAUCGAUGUGCUCUUCCCCCGGGAGUACGUGGAGUUGGACCAGGGCUUGCUCUUGCAGCAGCUGCGUCCGUGCCUUCCGUCAUCCACCCAUUUCGGCUCCCAGUCGCUGUACACCGCUUCCGACGCCAUGAUCCUCGAGAUCAACAGCACGAUGGGGCUGCCGCACGUUUGGCCGCUUUGCUCACAGCUACUGGUCCUCAGCCCGGGCCGCGCGUUGGUCCUUUCUGGGGCCAGUGGGGAGACGUGGAUCACCGUGCUGGACCAGCUCCUCGCGCAGGACCCCGGGGCCGCAGCUACUUGCUUGCGGUGGAAGCCUUCGCGGGGCGGCCGCCCAGUGGCCACGCCCUCUGCGACGACAGCGGCUUUGGCCGCCACGCGCAAAAAGGCCAACAGGAAGCCGGCGGCGCUAGACCUCCUCACCGAGGUCAUCGUUCGAGGGGAAGUUGGGCAGGAAGAUGGCGAGGUCAUGCGGCUGCUCAUGUCCCACGUCGCGACGUCCACAGGCAUCGCCCUGACGGAAAGGACAGCGACGAAGCCCUUGAAGCACGGCGAGUUUGAGCACGUGCCAGUUGAACAGCACGGCGGUACUGGCGGGCGUGUCAGGGUCCUCCUCAAGGACGCCCAGGAGGUGGAGAAGCCCAGAGCUGCGCUGCAUGGACAGCACAUUGCCGUCGGCCACACCAGGGUCGGGAUCGAGGUCAUCAACGAGCGCUUUGACCUGGACACGGGGGCGGGAAACGGGGUUCGGAGGGCGCGGUGCUGCCGAGCUGCGUCGAGUCUGCCGCACUCCGCGCUGAUGUUCCUGUGGAUUGCUACCGGCAUGGUCGACUUCGCCGAGCCCUGGGCCCUCUUCGCGGCAUGCGACCACAGGAGGGGCCAGAAGAUGCUCUACGUCCAGCAGCUCAUGAGGAAGCUGGACGUCCUAUUGGUGACGGAGGCCCACGGCACGGCUGGGGAUCAUGCUCUGUGCCGCACCCUGCCUGGGUGCACGAGUUGGCGGUCCCCUGGGCCCACUACUGGGCACGCAGGCGUCGGCGUAGUAGUUCGGAAUGCUUUCCUGGAGCAGUCUGAUGCGUCGCCGGUCUGGUCGGUCGUCUGGAAGGGCCGGGCGGCCAAGCUUUCCCUCCGGGGGAAAGCGGGGGCUUUCGGCGUGGCAGUCGCCUACUUCCACACAGGGGCCCAGAUCGCAGAGAUGGACCUCUACGACGUCCGGCCUCAGGAGCGGGACCGCUGCUCGAAUUUCGCCGGCUUACGGGCAUGCCUCCGGACGCGGCUCGCGAACUCCUUAUCGCCUUCCAGGAACGCCGUGACCGUCCUUGGAGGGGACUUCAACUACGUUGCAGAGCAGGGCGGCCGACAGGCCUUAACCUCGCUGCGAGAGACGGGCGGGCGCGAUCAGGGCGAGGAGCGGCACUUCCAAUCGAUCCUCGGGCUCCCGUUUCAAUUGACGGAGAUGGCUCAAGGAGCUUUCACUCAUGCAUCUGCCCGCGCCCGGUCACGCAUUGACAGGAUCUACCUGAACCAGCACGCGCAGCUCGACCGGCACACGACGUGCUGCGCACUCCCCUGGCGGGAAGACCUUUCUGCGCACCGUGCGGUACUUUUCUCCAGGCGGGCCCCACAACGGCUCCCCAUGCACCUGCGGCCCAUUCCGGACCGCGCGAUUCGCCAUGAGGACUUCGAGCGGCGAGUGCGCUUGGAGUUCGGCCAGCGCCUGCGCGACCACCCGGAGGAUUGGGGCGUGCAGAAGCUUGGUCACCUGAAGGCGGCUUUGCGGCAGGCGGGGCUCAACUUGGAAGGGGAGUGGGCGGGCGUCCCGGAGGCGACGACAUUGGAGGACCGCCUCGGCGUCGCCCUCUGCUUCAUCCGGGCGUUCGAGCGCGGCUUCGCGACCGAUGUCUCUUCGUGCCUCCUCCGCUACCCCAAGAUCCGGGAUCUGGUUGACAAUCCCUAUGCGUUCGAGGGCAACGUUUCGGUCAAGCUCCAGCGGCUGAGGGAUCACGCCAUGGAGUUGGCGCGCGACCACGCGCUGGAUGAGUUGGGCAAGUCCCAUGCCGACCUCACUGGCACCGACGCUUUUACAGCAGCCAAAGCGCGUGCCAAGAAUAACAGGCUCAUCUUUCGACUCCGGCCAGGACGUGUCUCGGCGGUGGACUGCAUCCUCGACGAGCACGGCGAGGCAAGGGCGACGCCGGAGGAGAUGGCAGCGACUCUGCGCACGCAUUGGGGGAAAGUAUUUCAGCGCCGUGGGGUCGACGAUGACAUGCUGGCUGAGUGGCUCGACCAGGAUUCCGACCACCGCCCGCUGGAUCAGCUCGGGCGCAUUGAGUCGUUGGCCGUGGAGGUCCUGCACGAGGUCUUCGGCGACAUCUGCAGCGAGGGCGGUUUGCGACGGCUCCGCGAAUUCGCGGAGGACUUCAACCACAGUGUGUUAUUCUUCAUCCCGAAGGGCCCGCCCGAGAGAUCGGGGUCGGCUGAAAUGGGCCACGCGGUGGACAAGGUCAGGUCCAUGCUCUCUAACCUCGUGGACGUGGAGGAGGGCAUGGCCGAGCAUUACGUGGGCGCCCACGGGUCGAUG